AUGGUGUUUGACCUGAAAUGGGGCAUUCUUGCGACGGGUGGCAUCGCUGAGACCUUCACCAGGGAUUUGUUGAUAGCCCCGGAGAAAAGAGGCACCACGGACGUGACUCAUACAGUCACGGCUGUCGGAUCAUCUUCCAAGAAAUCAUCUGCGGAAUCAUUCAUCGACAGGCUCCAGAUCCCCAGUCCAGUUACCGCUUAUGGAUCAUAUGAAGAAGUUGUGAAAGACCCCGCGGUGCAGGCCGUCUAUAUCGGGAGUCCUCAUUCGCAUCAUUAUCAACAUGCGAUGCUCGCUCUUCAUGCUGGCAAGCAUGUUCUUUGCGAAAAGGCUUUGACCAUCAAUGCGGCCCAAGCAAAGCGGCUGUUCGAACUGGCCAAGCAGAAGGGUCUUUUUUUCAUGGAAGCCGUCUGGACCCGCUUUUUCCCUUUGAGUAUCCAGGUUCGAGAGCUCAUCCAAAACGGGGCUAUCGGAGAAGUCCUGCGGGUGGUCUCCGAUCUGAGUAUCGGAGUCCAUCCCGAGACAGAAUGGAGCCUCGACCAUCGAAUGGUCAACAAGGACUUAGCCGGCGGAGCUCUGCUCGAUUUGGGUAUCUACUCUCUAACCUGGGUGUUCCAAAUUCUCUAUCAUACCCUCCCUCGUUCUCAGAGGAAGCCCCCCAUCUCACAUUGUCUCGCAUAUGUCACACUUCCCGGGAACGGAACGUCCACCGCUGUUGCUAUGACCGCAUUCCGUGUGGGCACCGAUCCAGAUGGCCAUGGUUCGGCGGGGCCCUCGAUCAAGAUUCAGGGCACAAAGGGCCAUAUUCAUGUGUUUGGACCUGCUUUUGCCCCGCAAUGGUACCGUGUGAUCCCGAGCAGUCAGCCAAAUGAGCCGACCACGGUGCAAGACGUUCAUAUGCCUGUACCGGAAGGCCGUGGUAUGUUCUGGGAAGCAGAUGAAGUUGCGAGAUGUCUGCGAGAUGGAAAGCUCGAGAGCGAGGGCCUUCCGUGGGAGGAAAGUCUUGUGAUCAUGGAGGUUUUGGAUGAGGUUCGGCGACAGGGGGGGACUGACUUACUCCGAGAAUCUUGA